AUGUUUCUGAUCGUAGCUCCUCUGGCAGCGGCCUUAUUCGCACUUGUGCUACAAGGAUAUCGAUACUUCUGGCGAUCUCAGCCAACCGGCACUAGGCAGCUUCCGGGACCUAAAGGAAAGCCACUCAUUGGGAGCGCUCAGGAUCUUGGGUCGGACUACUUUUGGAUAAAGUUCCAAGACUGGGCCAAACAAUAUGGACCAAUCUAUCAGUACAAGACAUUUGGCAAGGUCAACGUGGUGAUAUCGACGGAAAAGAUUGCCAAUGACCUGCUCAGAGAACGUGGGAAUAUCUACAGUUCGAGAGAACAGUUGACCAUGGGUUCGGAGCUGCUCAGCGACAACAAGAAGGCCUUGUUCCUUCCGUACAAUGACACAUGGCGUCGGUAUCGCAAAUUCCAGCAUCAUGUCACCAUGCCUAAAAUGGCCACAUCUUAUCAGCCUCUGCAACUCCAAGAGUCUGCUCGCCUCGUGCACGACCUUAUCCUGAACCCCAAGGGCUAUCAGACGCUUUUUCAACGUUAUGCUGCCGGGCUGAUUCUUCGCCUAACUUAUGACCUCCGGAUCGAAUCGGGUGAAGAGGAUGUAGUUCGUCGAGUGUACGAGAAUCAGCUCGCCGUGGAGCGCAUCGCAUCUCCAGGGCAAUAUCUUGUCGACCUAAUCCCGUCGUUGAAGUACCUUCCAGACUGGAUUGCGCCGUUCAAAAGAGAGGCAAAGGCGCAUCGCAAGCGAGAAAUCUCGUUGUUCUGCGGCCUCGUGGACGAUGUCCGAAAAGACGUUGAAAAAGGAAAAGCAGGCCCAAGUUUCACGAAGAGUUUGCUGGAGAAAAAGGAGGAGUAUAACCUCUCCGAGCUCGAAGCCAGCUAUAUCCUCGGCGGCCUAUACUCUGCCGGUGCAUCUACUACUGCAUCCGGUGCAAUGAGCUGA